AUGGUGUUACAAAAAUUUAUAGAGAAAAAUGUAAGAGUGUCAGCGAUGAAGAUCGGUGAAUAUCCUGGUCUCUCGGAGCGGUUUGUGCAUCAGUGGAACGUUCCAGUUGGACUCAUGAUGGAUGCGUCAUGUAACGCUUCAAAGAAUAUUCUAGAGGAGGCAUCCCGACAAACAUUUUUUGGGUCCAACCACGCAUGGCUCAUACUAAUCGAUGCCAAUUCUACUAUAGAAGAGUAUUUUGAAAACCUUGAACUGAGUAUCGAUGCAAACAUUGUAGUUGUACAAAAUAAUGGAGACAGCUAUCAACUUAUAGACGUGUUCAACUAUGGAAAAGUACAGGGGAAUUCUUUGGAAGUCAAAUUAAUAGGAGUGUGGAAUGAUACGGGUUUGGAUAUACCGAAGGAUUUCAAGUAUUAUACGCGUUGGAACUUUAACAACUUGACAUUGCGUGCCAUAUCCGUGGCUGUUACGAAUUCCCUAUUCUGGCGGGAACAAGACAUCUCCUGCACAUGCGCCAGGAUAUAUCCUAAGUGGAUGGAGUGGGUGGAUAUUUUCUUCCCACCUGCAACUAAAAUUGAAACAAAAUUCUACUACCUGAUACCGGACAAAGGUGUAGGUGAUUACGAGAACCGGUUCCUCACUCCACUGUCUCCCGGCGUGUGGUGGUGCGCGUGCCUGGUGCUGGUGGCGUGCGGCGCGCUGCUGGCCGCCGCCGCGCGCCUCGAGGGCCGCCCCCAGCCCGGCCUCUACGCCCUGUGCAGUGUGCUGGCCGCGGUGUGUCAGCAAGCUUACGAAGAUGGAGUCCAAAUGCUAGAAGAAUAUUCUAGCCAAGGUCGUCGCACCACAGUGCUAGUCGUGGGCGUGACGAGUAUGCUCCUGUACAACUACUACACCAGCAGUGUCGUGUCUUGGCUCCUCAACGCUGCAGUCCCGAGCAUCGACUCCAUACCAGGACUGAUUGCUAGUGACUUGGAACUGAUCUUCGAAAACAUUGGAUACGCGAAACAGUGGCUUGAUAAUCCAGGAUUUUAUUAUUUCGCUGGCUACAAGAAUGCGGAAGAGGAUGACCUAAGGGAUAAGAAAGUGACUAAGACUAGACGCACUACUGCGAUCCUGCAACCAGCUGAGGCUGGAAUAGAGCUCAUCAGACAUGGAGGUAUGGUUUGA